AUGGCUAGUUCGGGAGGUCUGCAGCAGCGAAAGCCAGACCUGGAAUUCUACCUGCAUCGCGUCUUCCGCAAGACAUCGUUCCGUCCCUUGCAACGAGAAGUCAUCGCUGCAGUUGUCGAAGGCCAUGAUGUGUUUCUGCAGGCGUCUACCUCGUUUGGCAAAAGUCUGUGUUUUCAACUCCCUGCCGUCAUCAGCAAUGGACUCACCAUUGUCAUUUGUCCUCUUCUUGCUUUGAUGACGGAUCAAGUCAAUGCUCUCCAGGCGAUCGGCGUACCAGUCCAGACUAUCAACUCCAGCACCCCUUUAGAGGAGCGGCGAUUGAUCAUGGAUGACAUGCUUUCAGGGCAUCCCCGUACACGCCUUCUUUAUGUUACUCCAGAAUUAUGUCAAACAGAUAGCUUCCGUCGCAACCUUUCCACUGUCCAUCGGCAGGGCCAAUUAACCCGCAUCGCGAUCGAUGAAGCCCAUUGUAUUAGCGAAUGGGGCCAUGACUUCCGUCCAGCCUACCAGGAGUUGAGCUGGUUCAGAAAGGAUUUGGAUGACCCGCCCGUCCCUAUCACGGCCCUCACAGCUACCGCUACUCCCCGGGUUCGCUCGGAUAUUAUCACUAUUCUGGGCCUGAACUUCGCCAAACUCAAGCUUUUCAACACCCCAUCUGCACGUCCUAACAUCCACUACGAAGUACGGUAUCUUCAAAACUACGACGAAGAUGAUGAUAUCUCCCCGGAAGACCUCCGGGUGCAAGAUCUACUGGCUUGGCUCAAGGCCAUCAAACGCCGUCAAGAAGCUCGCAUCGGCGCAGACACAGCACCGCAACGUCCUCCUAUGUCCGGGAUCGUCUACGUCGGACUUCGUGCAACCUCUGAAGAACUUGCCUGUAGAUUAGACUCAGAAGAGAUGAUAUCUGCCGUGGCCUACCACGCGGGUCUCACCUCGCAAGACCGAACUCGGAUUCAGGCAAUGUGGACUUCACCACAGCCACCUCCACAGAGUAGCGACGGAAAACCACCUCCAACCUUCUCAAUAAUUGUGGCCACAAACGCUUUCGGGAUGGGCAUCGACAAUUCCCAGGUCCGUUUCGUAGUCCACUGGACCCCACCACGCAGUUUCGAGGGAUUCGUGCAAGAAUCAGGCCGAGCGGGUCGUGACGGCCGCGCCGCAGCUUCUCUCGUCUACUACAACACCCAAGAGCGAGAUCGAAUCGCCGAUCGACUCAUGCGCGACGCAGAUAACGUGCGUAAUCGUGGCGGGCCCAAGUCUCAUGUUGCCGGAUUACUCAAGAAUCAAAUGGCACGGCGCGAAAGCUACCAAAAGGUCGUCCGCUACUGCGAGACAGUUACUAAGUGUCGGCAUGCAUUGAUCAAAGACCUCUUCGGGGACUAUGAGUUGGAAGAGAUGGGCUCUCAGCAGCCGCCGUCCGUCUAUGGUGGUGCAAGGCCUGAUCGGCUCGAUCCAUCUGCAUCUCCUUGUGACUAUGCUUGCGACUUUUGUAAGGAGGGUCCCUCUGGUUUGGCAAAGCGGAAGGGCAAGAUGCAGGCUGCUGAUGCUCUUUAUGGUUUUAUGAUGGAUCAAAUAAAUGAUCUCCGUGAAGAUUAUGGUUAG